CCUUGCAAUACUUUCUUCCUUGGCUCUCCCCUGUCCUCUCUACCAUUCCACUCCCCCCUUCACUUGCACUCCUGUCCUUUCUGCUUGUCUUCUUUUUAGUUAUUUUUUGUUUCAGGUCUUCUGUCCUUACCUACUGUCUUUAACUACAUCUUGUGUUGUUUUUUAUAAUUGUUUUUACACAGACUAUCUGAACCUUUAAAUUCUCCAGACAGUAAUUUUUUCCCCAAUGGCUGAUAAAAGUCGUAUGCUAAUGAGAAGGAGAGAGAGAAAAGACAAAGAAGCAGCUGAAAUGACCAAGGAUGUAAAAGAAGCGAAGAACGAAGGACAGAAGACAGAGAAUAACGGGGAAGUCCCAUUACCUGAGGUCCCAUUACAAGCAGCCACCAGUGGUGCAGUAGCUCAUGGUCAGAAUGGAGAUUUUCAGGUGGAGCCAAUGGAACUUCCUCCAUUUGAAAUCAUUGCAGGGGACAGGAUUGAUCCUUUUGUCUUUAAGUUCCAGUUCAAGAAUGUGGAAUACUCCUCAGGCCGCAACAAGACCUUCCUGUGUUACCUGGUGGAUAAAGGGAACACAUCUGACGGGCUGCUGAGGGGCUAUCUGGAGGAUGAGCAUACCGGCUCUCAUGCUGAGGAAGCCUUCUUCACACAGUGCCUACCACACUAUGACCCUGAUCUCAAAUACACAGUCACCUGGUAUGUGUCUUCAAGUCCCUGCUCUGCUUGUGCAGAAAAGAUAGCUGAGGUGUUGAAGGCCAGGAAAAACGUCAAGCUGAGUAUUUUUGCUGCUCGGCUGUUUGAGUGGGAGGAAGCAGAGAUCCAGGCAGGGCUGAGGGCCCUCCAUGCUGCUGGCUGUAAGCUGAGGAUCAUGAAGCCUCUGGACUUCUCCUACACCUGGGACACGUUUGUGGAGAAUGAGGAACAACCUCUGAACCUGUGGGAGGACUGCAAAGAAAAUUACGAAUAUUACCAUGAGAAGCUGGCUGACAUUCUACAGUGACCACAGGAUCCAGUAUGGAAUGUGUGCCCCUUCAAGUCAUCACCAUUACUCCUUUACGGAUAAUUCAUGUUAAUGCUAUCGUUGUUGUUGAUUGAUAGUGAUACAAUCAUAUUUCAUAUGAAUAUGUAAUAGAAUAACUGUGUAUGAGUCAGUCUGCUGCCUUUUGUUGAGUGUGUUUAUGAAUGCUGUAAUCACAUUUUCUGUUCCUACAACAUCUGGUAGUGAUCCACACAUCUGGCCUUCCACUCUGGAAUCCUCCUGCUCUCCAACAUUAGUGCUUUAGGCUACUUGUUUGGUAUGGUUUUGUUUUUUUGCACAUUUUUUCACACAGGUGCUGGAGUAUUUCCUGUCUGAAGUAAAUGACAGAAGGAUAUGUUCAUAUGUCAUGUAUAUAAAAAGACAGAGGGAGCUGGUUGUCCUGCCUCCUCCAUAUCUGUUUACAAGGCCAGAUUGAGCCGUUUUGGGAACUGUGGGUCAAAAAACACCCAAGACUUGACUGACAGCUACCGGAUUGCCCCUCAACAAGAAAAAACUUUAGAAUUUUAUCUUAUUGUAAUGCAUAUGCCCAAAUACAUCUGAACUGAAUCUAACUACCAGAAGCCAACUGACACAUAUUGAACAUGUGGCUUUCCGGGCCACUGACAGCGUGUCUGCACAGAAAGCAUUUCAGACGUGUUUUUUAGUACUCUGUCUCAUGCACAUCUGAUGGAACAGAUAUGCUCUUAUUUUAAUCAAUUCAGCUGUCUACGCAGGCUGUGUAAUGACUCACGUCUAACUCUCACUAUAUGCAUGUAAACAGGACUAAAAACGUAUCUUUAUACUCCAAGUCAAUUUUCCUGUUUUGUACGUGUACAGCUACAGUGAUUGGGCCUUGGGCUCUGAGUACUACCAAAUUACAGGUGACCUACAACUCAACACUGUGCAGACACAGAUGGAGCACUGAAGCUGCUGCGCUGCUAAGUGCUGCUCACUCUACACCAACUGUGUAGACACAGUUUGAGGCUCUGGGGCUAAUCCAGCCUCCUUUGUUUAGAGUACAUCAUCUGUUCAGGUUCAAAUCAUGUAUCUGUAUUUGCAUUCUGCCUUCUAAU